AUGGUUUCCAACACUCGUUCCGUCUUCUUCGGCCUGAUGCUCAGUGCUGCGCAGCUCUCAAGCGCUUCACCUGCUGCUGCAUCCGACACAGCCUUCUCAUCUCCUAUCUACCCAACCGCCACUGACUCCAUCCCUCCUCAUCCCUCCUCCACCGACGAGUGCCUUGCGAAAUGUAACGCCGCUCACGACAAGUGUAACACUGCGCCUGACGCCAACCACGCAACCUGCGCUGCUGAGUAUGCCGAGUGCAUUGGCUACAACCCUUAUGGCGGCGCAUCAUACGUUGCCCCUACUGCUUGCUCGCACUCCGCCAAGCCUACUGCCACCGAGACUGCUAAGGCUGAUGAGUGUGUCAUGAAGUGCGACAAGGCUCAUGAUGCGUGCAACACUGCGCCUGAUGCCAACCAUGCUACCUGCGCUGCUGAGUACGCCGAGUGUCUUGGCUACAACCCUUAUGGCGGCGCAUCGUUCGUCGCUCCUACAGCCUGCUCGCAUUCUGCCAAGCCCACUGCCACCGAGACAGCCAAGGCUGGCGAUUGCCUCGAGAAGUGCAACAAGGCCCAUGACGCUUGCAACGUUGCCCCUGACGCCAACCACGCUACCUGCGCCGCCGAGUGGGCUGAGUGCCUGGGCUACAACCCUUACGACGGCCCUGGUGGUUCUCUCGUUGAGCCCACAGCUUGCGCUGCCCAUACCACUAUGGCUUCUGCCACUGGCAAGCAUACUGGCAUGGAGACCUCCAAGCCUGCUAGCACUGAAGCUUCCAAGCCUGCCAAGACCUCGGAGCCUGUUGUUGUUGUCAACGGAGCUGGAAGCCUCUCAGGCAAGGUCGCUGGCUUGGUUGGUGCCAUUGGUGCCGCUGCUGUUGCUCUUCUCUAA